AUAAUUACUUUCUUUAAUUUAUCAUAUGGCUUAAAAAAUAUAUCAUAGGGAUCGAAUUUCCUUGAUUUACGAUUCGAUUAGCAGUGUUUGACAUUUACACCACAGUAGCGGUUUGAUAACGAGAGAUCAGGGGUCGGGAUUGAUAAAGCUUGAUAAUGGUCCCCGCUUAGCCUAACUGGUCAGUUCCUUUGAUGUUGUACGCAAACAAACUACAACUUUCCUCGUCUCGUGCUGGUUACACACUCAAAAAUACGCGUCUCCUCCGUUUUAAAGUUAAACGUCAAUUAGUUGAAUGUUUUGAUAGCUUCUUUUUUAGAAUUUUCGUUAGUUAGGCAUUUUUCAUAAUUAUCAGUGAUCUACGAAUGUCUAAUAAUAUGAUUUCAAAUCAUUGAUUAAAAUAUGAACGACGAUGGGGAUUGUCACACCAGGAAGUACGGAUACUUGUUUGAUAACAUGGUGAUCGUGCCAUCCCCCGGAUCCAUAUGGGAUUAUCCAUACUUGGACCAGGUUAGCAGUAUGAUGGCUUUGUUAUAUGGGACGAGACCAAAGCCUGAGCAAGACCUAUUCCCCCCCAAGAUUCGGAUUCCAGAGACGCAUAUGGAGAGUCCAUCGAGGUUCGAGCUGACGAAGGCAGAGGCUGAAAGCGGAGAGGAGACGGAAUUAGGCGAGGUGAAAGUGACGCUACCGACGAGCACCGUCGCGACCUCGACCCCCGUGCAACCAGGAGCCAUCCCAUGCAGAAACGGCGGCUGCAAGAGCUGGACAAGCCGCGCGGAAUCGAGGAUGGAGAGCCCUUGGCACUUCCUCAAAACCAUCUUCCUUAUCUCUGUGAUCGUCGCGCUGAUUCUUUGGAUAAUCGUCUACACGUUCCUCGCUCAAUAUCGGAUCUUGUGACGUGGUGGAAAUCGUGAGAAUCUCGAGAGGCUUGGAUGGUUGACAUGCUCCUCCAUGUGGAAACGAUCUUUCGUUAAAACGGACGCAUGAGAAAAUCGACGAAGAAGAAACGUUACUUCCGAAAUACUGAGAAUAGAUCAGAAGUGUGACGAGAGGGAAGAUCUUCUCUCGAAUUGAAAUGAUUCACGUUUUUUUUUUUUUUUUUUCUUUUUUCGAUGUAGGACACUAAGAGCGAAUUCUCCAUUUCCUAUCGAUGUAUCCGUCCUUGUACGUGCAACAAUCCUGUGCGCGAGAUCGUAGAUCAUUUGUCGAAGAAGUUGUUCGCUCGAGCGAGCGAGUGUAAGAAGCAAGCUGCUUGUUUUGUGGACAGAAAGUUUUAGGAAUUCCCGCAGCUCGAGAAUUGCGUAAAAUUGCCGCUAUCUAUAAUCGUGGCUUCUGUUUACAUAUUCAGUUGCAUAGCCUCGCUUUCGUCAGUUCAGCGACAAAGGAAUUCCCCAGUGUCGAGACAUUCAAUAUGGCAGUUACUCGAGAGACUUUUGUUCAGAAUGUACAAAAACGUGGUCCGCGGAGUUGGAAAUGUUAAAACGAUACUAGUCGUCGUAAUAUCUGUUCAAAUUGGAAUACCUUCUAAACGAAUCAAAAUUAAUACAUUAAAACUACGAUUGUAUUAUUCUAUCCAACAUAAUUCUAAUCUCCUCACGAUAUUAUACGAUACAUAGGAACAUUUUAUAUAACCUGUUUGUAAUUUUUUUUUUAUCAAGCGAACAAAUAAAUUUAUCUUGCAGGGAA